GCUUUUGGGUACUUUGAGGUGACACAUGACAUCUCUCGCUACUGCAAGGCCAAGGUGUUUGAGCAUGUGGGCAAGACCACACCUAUCGCCAUUCGCUUCUCCACCGUGGGUAAGACAUUAGCCUACAUUAUUUAUUUAUUUUGCCUAUUUUCUCAGAACAUACUUGGUAAAAUAUUAUUUUGAGGCUGCUCACUAUGGCUUUUCUAUAAAACUGCUACAAACACAUUUUACACAGUUGCUUUUGUUUCCCUAAGGACAUGCAUAAAGAAACACUAUCAGAAUUGCUAGCUUCCAAUUCUACUACUGCUACUGUAGAGGAAAUGACUAAGAGCAUGCUUGUCUGCAAAAGCAAUGUUUGCCGAUACCAGAAGAAUCCUGGACAGAGUCAGGUAGCCUAGCAGUUAAGAGCAUUGGGCCAGUAACCAAAAGGUUGCUGGUUCGAAUACCGAGCCGACUAGGUGAAAACAUCUCCCGACGUGCUCUUGAGCAAGGCACUAAUUACUCCUGUAAAUAUAAAAUGUAAUAUAUACACUAGAUGACUGAUGGGGGCACUGUCUCUGAAGCCAAUGCAUCUCCGUCUUGGCGUUUCCCCACCAUUGUAAAAAUAUAUAUAUUUGGAAGCUAUAGAAAUGCAUUUAUUAAUGUCUAAAUUUGUUUUUGUGACGUUUAGUCUAUAUAACAUUCAAAUAUAUAUUAUAUUAAUAAAUAAAAUGGACCUUUGAUGUUAUGGGGCUAUUUUGCUUCCACUGGUCCUGGGGCUCUUGUUAAGGUCAACGAUAUCAUGAACUUUACCCAGUACAAGGAUGUUUUUGCCAAAAACCUGGUUGCCUCUGCCAGGAGGCUGAAACUUGGCUGAAAGUGGAUCUUCCAGCAAGACAAUAACCUCAAGCACACAUCAAAAUCUACAAAGAAAAGGUUAAUUGGCCACAAAAUCAACAUUUUGCAAUGGCCAUCUAAGUCCGGAAUAGAAACCCAUUGAAAACCUGUGGUUUGAAUUGAAGAGGGCAGUCUAUAAACGCAGACGAAGGAUAUCAAGGAUCUGUAAGGAUUCGGUAUGGAGGAAUGGUCUAAGAUCCUUCCCAAUGUGUUCUCCAACUUGUAAAACAUUUUAGAAAAAGGCUCAGUGCCGUUAUCCUCGCAAUUGUAUUUGUAUAAAAUAAUACAAUUGCCCAAUUUUUUGGGAUCAUACAAUAUAGCUCAGUAUUUUAAUUAAUGUAUACAGCCAUUUUCGCUCAUCUUUAUCAAGGGUGUCUCUAAUUUCGGACCCCACUGUACAUCAUCAAUACAUCAUUGAAUAAAUACCAGAAAAUACACAAUGUCAUAUUUUUUUCUUUUUUCUAAUGUCUUGUGUUUAAACUGUGAGUUUCAUAUCAUCCUAUUUUGUCUCGAACUCAUGUAGCUGGGGAAUCGGGCUCAGCAGACACAGUGCGAGACCCACGUGGCUUUGCAGUCAAGUUCUACACUGACGAGGGCAACUGGGACCUUACUGGCAACAACACCCCCAUAUUCUUUAUCAGGGAUGCCAUGCUGGUGAGUUCAGACACGUUUGAGUCAAGAUUGCGCCUGGGUGUGCCUUGUCAAGAUUCAGUCUUUGUCACAUGACAUGGAAUACAAGGAGUGGAAUGUUAGCUAAACAGACUGGCAACCAGGUUAAUACAUUAGUUCAUCUCCCCGUAUGAUAUUAAAUGCCAUUACACAUCUCUCUGAUUUCACUUUGUUUUGCAGUUCCCAUCCUUCGUCCACUCUCAGAAGCGCAACCCCCAGACUCACCUGAAGGACCCAGACAUGGUGUGGGACUUCUGGAGCCUGCGGCCUGAGUGUAUGCAUCAGGUGCUGUAUCUGCUCCUCUCUACCCGCCACCAAACCUUUACACGUGCACGCACAAAAGUUAGAAUCAGAAAAUGCGGCAGGUAGCUUAGUGGGUAAGAGCGUUGUGCCAGUAACCGAAAGGUCGCUGGUUCUAAUCCCCGAGCCGACUAGGUGAAAAAUCUGUCUGUGCCCUUAAGCAAGGCACUUAACCCUAAUUGCUCAUGUAAGUCGCUCUGGAUAAGAGCGUCUGCUAAAUGACUAAACAUUUAAAAAUGUAUUUUCUGAUUUCACCCCACACUAAGCCAAAUUCUCGUAAGAACAUCUCAUUAACAACUUCAAAGCUAUGCCACUAUAUCUAGAAAUGGUGGUUGCUGCAUUAGUUUAAAUAGAUGAUUGUAUCAUUCUUCUACAUACAUAUGUUUUUAUAUCUUAUAAAAGUUCAAUUGCUUAUGACUGAAUAUGUGCCUUUGUUCAUCAUUUUGUCUUAAUCUCUGUGAAGGUGUCGUUCCUGUUCAGUGACCGUGGUCUGCCUGACGGCUUCCGCCACAUGAACGGCUACGGAUCCCACACCUUCAAGCUGGUCAAUGCCGAGGGUCAGCCAGUCUACUGCAAGUUCCACCACAAGGUCAGAGCACAAACUAAAAAUGAUGUUAUGAACAGGAUAGUACAGGACUAGUGAAAUGUGCUACACUUACAUGGAUAUAGGAGUCGACUAUACUUAAUUAACUGAAGGAUGAAGAGAGUAAUGGUGGGUAAAGAAGGAUGGGUCCAUAGUAACCCAUAGCAUCCUUCCUCUGCCCUCCUCUCAGACCAACCAGGGUAUCAAGAACAUGAAACCCGAGGACGCCGAGCGCCUGGCCUCCACCGACCCGGACUACGCCAUCCGAGACCUUUACACCUCCAUCGCCAACGGCAAUUUCCCCUCCUGGUCAUUCUACAUCCAGGUCAUGACUUUUGACCAGGCUGAGAAGUUCCAGUGGAACCCCUUUGACCUGACCAAGGUACCAAUGAGAGACAAUUUUAAUGCUCAUAAUCUUCUAUUCAAUUAUGUGGGGACGCUAACCCCUUAUAACAUUUUAUCAAUACUUUACAUUGGUUUUUAAAGAAUGUGACAGAAAUACCAGAAAUGUCUUAGUAUUCUACUUUGUUAGCCAUUUAAACAAGAUGUCCCAAAAAUAUUCUGAGUAUCUAGACAUUUGCACUACUCUGACUUUUCUACCAGAGAGGGGACUUACUCCACAUAACCACUGAAAGAUCUGAAAGUGGUCUGAGAUCUGUUAUGGUAUCAUAGCAUUUGUGAAUGGUAGUAUAAUUGGCAACUGACUCAAUAGCUCCAAUUUAGUCAGGAUAAUUAUUAGGUGAAAAUAGUACAGUAUAGGGGGUCAUGCAUGCUUACAUUUUCUAUUAAAAAAAAUAUUUGUCCUCAAAGAAUGGCUAGAAAUCUCUUGCACAUCCGUGCACCUUGGUUGGCCUGAGAGGUAGCAACACUUCUCUUUUUCCUUAGGUGUGGUCUCACAAGGAGUACCCCCUCAUUCCCGUGGGGAGGUUGGUGCUCAACAGAAACCCUGCCAACUACUUUGCUGAGAUCGAGCAGCUGGCCUUUGACCCCAGCAACAUGCCCCCUGGUAUCGAGCCCAGCCCCGACAAGAUGCUGCAGGGGCGUCUGUUCUCCUACCCAGACACACACCGCCACCGGCUGGGAACCAACUACCUGCAGCUGCCCGUCAACUGCCCCUUCAAAACCCGUGUGUCCAACUACCAGCGAGACGGGCCCAUGUGCAUGUUCGACAACCAGGCUGGCGCUCCCAACUACUUCCCCAACAGCUUCAGUGCUCCAGAGACCCAGCGGCAGAACGUGGAGACCAGGUUUAAGGUGUCCCAAGACGUGGGCCGCUACAACAGCGCUGACGACGAUAAUGUCACACAGGUAAUGUAUCUAUGUAGAGCGCAGUGUGCACAUACAGGUAACUGCCAAAAUAAAGGAAACACUUGAGUAAAUGACAGUUCUGGGGGCUCUGUUAUGGGGUGGAGUGGAUUUUUCUGGAAUGGUUUAGGUCCACUCAACCCCUUAGAGGGCAAGGUAAACGGCAGUAAACACACAACCAUACUGAGUGAUCACCUUCAACCUAUGGUGAAUCAUUUCUAUCCUGAUGGGAGUGGUUUCUUCCAGGAUGGCAAUGUCCCCAUUCACAGGGCAAGAGUGGUCACUGAAUGGUUUGAUGAACAUGAAAACAAUGUAAACAAUAUGCCAUGGCCGUCUGUCACCAGAUCUCAACCCAAUUUAACACUUAUGGAAGAUUCUGGAACGGCGCCUGAGACAGCAUUUUCCAUCAACAGAACACCAAAUUAUGGAAUUUAUUGUGGAAGAAAGGUGUCGCAUCUCUCCAAUAGAGAAUCUAUGCCAAGGCACAUUGAAGCUUUACUGAUGGAUCGUGGGGGCCCAAGGCCCUAUUAAGACACUUUUUAUGUUGGGUGUUUCCUUUAUUUUGGCAAUUAUUAUAUUGGUCAAGUUAUUACUUAAUAUUAUUAAUUAAUCUCUAAGGACAAAUAAUUAGGGGCCCAGUCUGUUAUUGGACAAACAUGGUAUUUUAAGAAGACCUGACUUAUCUUAACAAUAACACUAUAAGACAGAAAUUAGAAUAAUAGUAAUAUUUUAUUUAUCUAAAGGUAUAUCUGAUGAGCCUAAUAUCAGAUUCAUGAAUUCAUACUAUUUUCAAGAGCUUGUUUUGUAUUAGAGAAACCCAUAACAACAGGUAAAAUACAGAAGUUGAAUAAUAAAAAGAGUACAAAUCUAUCAAUUGAUCAAUGGUUACAGCAGUAAUGAUAAUAGUGGGAUCAAAUCGAUACAGGAGAAUUAUGAAUUAAGUAAUUUGUUUAUCAGCAAACUACUAGAGAAUUAUAUUCUCAAUUUGGAUAGAACAAUGUUUACACAUUCAAUACUAUACUUAAAGGGUAGGUAGCAUAAACAUAACCACAUGUAACAUAUGGAUUUGCAUUAGUAUAUGCAUCAAAUGUCCCAAUGCAAAGUUACACCUCACUUUUCUAUUUCUGAAAUUAUUACAUUAAACUGAUCAGAAUGCCCAAGUCAUGCCGGGGGGAAAAAGUGUGCCGUGUAACAUAAUAUGGAGGACUUGCAAGCCAGGCUAUUCCCUAUAAUGUAAACUCCAAAUUAAACCAAAUAAUUUGCCCAUUAGCCCUACUAGCCUGCUAAUGUUACAGGACUGCAUGAGUCAGCCGGUUGCUAUCAACAACUAGCUUACAGUUACAUUUAGGGCUGUCCCCGACCAAAAAAAAUAGUAGUCUGUUCUUUCGACCAAUCGAUUGGUCAAAAUUUUAAAACCUGUAUUUUUCCAUAUAGACACAACCUAUGUGUUUGAAUAAAGUCAACUAUAUGCAUUGAGCUUGUCUGAUGCUUUAAACUCACAGUUUGAUGAAAUAAGACACAAAUUACUCGAGGGACCCAGAGAUCAAGGUAAACAGAAGAAGAAAAAAAGCGAUAUCUCAGACUGCCCAUCUUAAUCUUUUCCUUUUUAUUGGCCAGUCUGAGAUAUGGCUUUUUCUUUGCAACUCUGCCUAGAAGGUCAGCAUCCCGGAGUCGCCUCUUCACUGUUGACGUUGCGACUGGUGUUUUGCGGGUACUAUUUAAUGAAGCUGCCAGUUGAGGACCUGUGAGGCGUCUUUUUCUCAAACUAGACACUCUAAUGUAUUUGUCCUCUUGCUCAGUUGUGCACCGGGGCCUCCCACUCCUCUUUCUAUUCUGGUUAGAGACAGUUUGCGCUGUUCUGUAAAGGGAGUAGUACACAGCGUUGUACGAGAUCUUCAGUUUCUUGGCAAUUUCUCGCAUGGAAUAGCCAUAAUUUCGCAGAACAAGAAUAGACUGAAGAGUUUCAGAAGAAAGUUAUUUGUUUCUGGCUAUUUUGAGCCUGUAAUCGAACCCACAAUUGCUGAUGCUCCAGAUACUCAACUAGUCUAAAGAAGGCCAGUUUUAUUGCUUCCUUAAUCAGCACAACAGUUUUCAGCUGUGCUAACAUAAUUGCAAAAGUGUUUUCUAAUUGUCAGUGUUUGAAGUGGAUGUGGUGUUGGAGUCAGGCGCAGGUCACAGAAGCUUAGUCCAACAGACUUUACUAGUCAGAAAUAUGACAAUACAAAAAGAACGGGCCUCAAGCAACGGAGGCGAGUGAUACGCAAACAGUGCGUAAAACACAAAAUAUAAGCGAUGCGCAAACAGUGCGUCAAUACACUUAAAUACACCAGAGCAAAAUCCAAAACCCCAAUGGACAGGCGGACAACAACACACAACUACAAACAAAACCAAAGGAAACUUAUAGGUGACAUAAUCAAUAAGUGAUAAGACACAGGUGCACCAAACAGACAAAACCAAACAAACAUAGAGAACAUCAAACGGUAGCAGCUAGUACUCCGGGGACGACGAAGGCCGAAGCCUGCCCGAACAAGGAGGAGGAGCAGUCGGCGGAAUUUGUGACACUAAUUAUCAAUUAGCCUUUUAAAGUGAUAAACUUGGAUUAGCAAACACAAUGUGCCAUUGGAACACAGGCGUACAGAGGCCCAUUAUCAGUAACCGUCAGUCCUAUGUAGAUAUUCCAUUAAAUAUCAGCCGUUUCCAGCUACAAUAGCCAUUUACAACAUUAAAAAUGUCUGCGCUGUAUUUCUGAUCAAUUUGAUGUUAUUUUAAUGGACAAAAAAAUGAUUUUCUUUCGAAAACAAGGACAUUUCUAAGUGACCCCAAACUUUUGAACGGUAGUGUAUGUACAGUACCAGUCAAAGGUUUGGACACACCUACUCAUUCCAGGGUUUUUAUUUAUUUGUACUAUUAUCUACAUUGUAGAAUAAUAGUGAAGACAUCAAAACUAUGAUAUAACACAUGGAAUUAGGUAGUAACCAAAAAAUUGUUAAACAAAUCAAAAUAUAGUUUAUAUUUGAGAUUCUUCAAAGUAGCCACCCUUUGCCUUGAUGACAGCUUUGCUACUUUGAAGUUGGAUCAGGUUAAGGUUUUUCUUCUUCUGGUUAUCUAGAUCUCUGGCACCCUCUUGAGGCAUCAAAACGUACGCUUAAAGUAUCAGACAAGCUCAAUGCAUAUAGUUCAUUUUAUUAAAACACAGCACUCGAUUGGUCGAAAGAACAGACGACAUUCGGUCAACCAAUAUUUUUUGGGGUCGGGGACAGCCCUAGAUCAGCCAGAUGCAAGCCCGUGAUCCGCAAUAGUUUGCUCGGCUUCAAGGGAGAAGGACAAUUUAUAAGAGGAACAUACAACAUACUUUUCACUAACCCCAACCUUUUACGAGGCUCAUGUUUGAUGUGCUGUCAGGAAAUGUGUUUUAGAUUACAUCUUGAUCCAUUGUUGAAUGCAUAGGCCUUCUUUCUUAGAAAAAGGCUUGCCACUUAAAAGUUAGUCGAUCUGGACUUUAUUACCCCGUCAUAUACUGGAGCAAAGAGCAUUCCAGCUCUGGCUCUUCCAGGAUGUGUAGAUUGGGGCCAUAUCCUGGCCCUGCUGGUCAAGCCUGGCACUUGAAAAGGGGCUCCUCCUGGCCACUGGGUUCAAUCAGGGUUCCUGGUCGCAAGAGGUUGAUAAGGCCCCUGUCCAGGAAAGAGGUUUGCGCUGCUGUGACGUGAGGGUGAAUUCCUACACAUAGAGAUCUGUGUGCACUGCCAGGCACGAUGAUACGCUCUAUAUAGAACUCUAAAUCUCCUUUUUAAGCAAUGCUACUUUUUUUCUGUGUUCAAAUGUUUGUAAAGGCUUUGUGAGUAAUUAUAAAUAAAAAAUCCCUGCUAUCUAUCAUGCUUAUCAUGCUUACAAAUGUUUAUAAAUGAUUACAAAUAAUGAAAUAUUAUUUAUUUAUAGUUUAUUAAUAGUUUAUUAAUGCUUAUUCAUGUCUUGGUUUGUGUGUGUGUGACCAGUUGCUUGACCUUGUGUGUGUGUGUGUGUGUGUGUGUGUGUGUGUAUUGCAGGUGCGUACCUUCUUCACUGAGGUGCUGAACGAGGAGGAGCGCCAGAGGCUCUGUCAGAACAUGGCUGGUGCCCUGAAGGGAGCCCAAGUCUUCAUCCAGAAACGCUGGGUGAGUUCUUCUCCUCCUCCUCAUCAUAACCGUCAUCAUUAUGAUAGUGUAAGUCACCAUUUUCAUCAUCAUUGGGAUCAGCAAUCAUGUUAUAUUUACAUAUCUUCAUGUUUCUUAUCACAAUCAUCAUCAUUACUAUUCAAAUUAAACUCUCCUCCACCACACUGUCAUCGGAAAGUAUUCACACCCCUUUACUUUUUUCAAAUUUUGUUGUUACAAAGUGGGAUUAAAAUUGAUUUGUCCUUUUUUGUCAACGAUCUACACAAAAUACUCUGUCAAAGUGGAAGAAAAAUUCAAACAUUUGUAUAAAACAAAUAUACACUGCUCAAAAAAAUAAAGGGAACACUUAAACAACACAAUGUAACUCCAAGUCAAUCACACUUCUGUGAAAUCAAACUGUCCACUUAGGAAGCAACACUGAUUGACAAUAAAUUGCACAUGCUGUUGUGCAAAUGGAAUAGACAACAGGUGGAAAUUAUAGGCAAUUAGCAAGACACCCCCAAUAAAGAAGUGGUUCUGCAGGUGGUGACCACAGACCACUUCUCAGUUCCUAUGCUUCCUGGCUGAUGUUUUGGUCACUUUUGAAUGCUGGCGGGGCUUUCACUCUAGUGGUAGCAUGAGACGGAGUCUACAACCCACACAAGUGGCUCAGGUAGUGCAGCUCAUCCAGGAUGGCACAUCAAUGCGAGCUGUGGCAAGAAGGUUUACUGUGUCUGUCAGCGUAGUGUCCAGAGCAUGGAGCCGCUACCAGGAGACAGGCCAGUACAUCAGGAGGCCGUAGGAGGGCAACAACCCAGCAGCAGGACCGCUGCCUUUGUGCAAGGAGGAGCAGGAGGAGCACUGCCAGAGCCCUGCAAAAUGACCUCCAGCAGGCCACAAAUGUGCAUGUGUCUGCUCAAACGGUCAGAAACAGACUCCAUGAGGGUGGUAUGAGGGCCCCACAGCUGGGGGUUGUGCUUACAGCCCAACACCGUGCAGGACGUUUGGCAUUUGCCAGAGAACACCAAGAUUGGCAAAUUCGCCACUGGCGCCCUGUGCUCUUCACAGAUGAAAGCAGGUUCACACUGAGCACAUGUGACAGACGUGACAGAGUCUGGAGACGCCGUGGAGAACGUUCUGCUGCCUGCAACAUCCUCCAGCAUGACUGGUUUGGCGGUGGGUCAGUCAUGGUGUGGGGUGGCAUUCCUUUAGGGGGGCCGCACAGCCCUUCAUGUGCUCGCCAGAGGUAGCCUGACUGCCAUUAGGUACUGAGAUGAGAUCCUCAGACCCCUUGUGAGACCAUAUGCUGGUGCGGUUGGCCCUGGGUUCCUCCUAAUGCAAGACAAUGCUAGACCUCAUGUGGCUGGAGUGUGUCAGCAGUUCCUGCAAGAGGAAGGCAUUGAUGCUAUGGACUGGCCCGCCCGUUCCCCAGACCUGAAUCCAAUUGAGCACAUUUGGGACAUCAUGUCUCGCUCCAUCCACCAACGCCACGUUGCACCACAGACUGUCCAGGAGUUGGCGGAUGCUUUAGUCCAGGUCUGGGAGGAGAUCCCUCAGGAGACCAUCCGCCACCUCAUCAGGAGCAUGCCCAGGCAUUGUAGGGAGGUCAUACAGGCACGUGGAGGCCACACACACUACUGAGCCUCAUUUUGACUUGUUUUAAGGACUUUACAUCAAAGUUGGAUCAGCCUGUAGUGUGGUUUUCCACUUUAAUUUUGAGGGUGACUCCAAAUCCAGACCUCCGUGGGUUGAUACAUUUGAUUUCCAUUGAUAAUUUUUGUGUGAUUUUGUUGUCAGCACAUUCAACUAUGUAAAGAAAAAAGUAUUUAAUACGAUUAUUUCAUUCAUUCAGAUCUAGGAUGUGUUGUUUAAGUGUUCCCUUUAUUUUUUUGAGCAGUGUAUAUGAAAAAUAAAACCCAAUAUAUCUUGAUUACAUAUGUAUUGAACCCCCUGCGUCAAUACAUGUUAUAAUCACCUUUGGCAGCGAUUACAGCUAUGAGUCUUUCUGUGUAAAUCUCUAAUAAGAGUUGUGCAACAUUUGGCCAUGUAUUCUUUGCAAAGUUUUUCAAGAUCUGUCAAAUUGGUUGUUGGUCAUGCAUGGCUAGACAACCAUUUUCAGGUCUUGCCAUAGAUUUUCAAGCAGAUUUAAGUCAAAACUGUAACUCGGCCACUCAGGAACAUUCACUGUCUUCUUGGUACUGUAAGCAACUCCUGUGUAGAUUUGGCCUUGUUUUAGGUUAUUGUCCUGCUGAAAGCUGAAUUCAUCGCCCAGUGUCUGGUGGAAAGCAGACUGAACCAGGUUUUCCUCUAGGAGUUUGCCUGUGCUUAGUUUCAUUCCGUUUCUUUUUAAUCCUGAAACUCCCCAGUCCUUAACGAUUACAAGCAUACCCAUAACAUGUUGCAGCCACCACUAUGCUUGAAAAUAUGGAGAGUGGUACUCAGUAAUGUGUUUUAUUGGAUUUGCCUCAAACAUAACACUUUUUAUUCAGGACAAAAGGUUUAAUUGCUUUUUUUUGCAGUAUUACUUUAGUGCCUUGUUGCAAACAGGAUGCAUGUGUUGGAAUAUUUAAUUUCUUACAGGCUUCCGUUUCCCUCUGUCAAUAAGAUUAGUAUUGUGGAGUAACUAUAAUAAUAAUAUGCCAUUUAGCAGACGCUUUUAUCCAAAGCGACUUACAGUCAUGCGUGCAUACAUUUUUUUUGUGUAUGGGUGGUCCCGGGGAUCGAACCUACUACCUUGGCGUUACAAGCGCUGUGCUCUACCAGCUGAGCUACAGAGGACCACAACUACAAUGUUGUUGAUCCAUACUUGGUUUUCUGCUAUCACAGCCAUUAAACUCUGUAACUGUUUUAAAGUCGACAUUGGCCUCAUGGUGAAAUCCCUGAGCGGUUUCCUUCUUCUCUGUCAACUGAGUUAGGAAGGACGCCUGUAUCUUUGUAGUGACUGGGUGGAUUGAUACACCAUCCAAAGUUUAAUUAAUAACUUCACCAUGCUCAAAGGAAUAUUCAAUGUCUGCUUUUUUUUUACCCAUCUACCAAUAGGUGCCCUUCUUUGCGAGGUAUUGAAAAACCUCCCUGGUCUUUGGUUGAAAUUCACUGCUCGACUGAGGGACCAUACAGAUAGUUUUAUGUGUGGGGUACAGAGAUGAGGUAGUCAUUAAAAACUCAUGUUAAACAAUAUUAUUGCACAGAGUGAGUCCAUGCAACUUAUUAAACACAUUUCUACUCCUGAACUUUAGGCUGAUUAUAACAAACAGGUUGAAUACUUAUUGACUCAAAAUAUUUCAGCUUUUCAUUUGUAAUUAAUUUGUAAAUAUUUAGAAAACAUAAUUCAAUUUUGACAUUAUGGGGUAUUGUGUGUAGGCCAGUGAAAAAAUAAAUCUCAAUUUAAAUUCCGGCUGUAUAACACAACAAAAUGUGGAAAAAGUCAAGGGGUGUGAAUACUUUCUGAAGGCACUGUAUAUUUCCCAGGCAUCAAAUUCCCCACUAAAACGAAGGUUAUCUUUGCAAUGCAAUGUUGUAUAAUGUAUCUAUUUUACUGGCAUCGCUAUCAACACUGUUCUGACCCUCUCUCUCUGCUCUUACGCCCUGUUUUUCCAGGUGCAGAACCUGAUGGCUGUGCAUGCAGACUAUGGAAACGGGGUCCAGGCCCUACUCAACAACGCUGAACCCACGAAGGUAAGUCCAUUCAUUAUGGUCAAUGGACACUAA